UGCACGCACCCAUUAAUGGGAUAGCGUUAAAUAAUAAUAAAUGGAUAAAAAUGCUACCUGCAGCCGCCGCUGCUUCUUGUGCAAGAGAGAAAAAUCGUUCUUGUUCACCACUGCCACACUCCUCAGUGACAGUAUCGUCGUCCUGCUGCCAUCGCCAUCGCCGCCGUCGUCGUCUGCUUCCCCUGCCCCUGUCCGUUCCUUUGCUCUACGCACGCAUCGAUUUGGGCUGAACGUUAGAUACCUCCUAACGCAGUUGUUAGGGUGGAAAAAAAUAAUAAGUACAUAAUAAAUAAAACAAAUGCAAUGCUGUGCGAUUCUUUAUUUGAGAAAAUACUAAAAUACAAUAUCCGGUCCAAGUGGGCUGGCCGCCACACGGAGGGAAACGAAGAAUUAAAGUGCAAUACCACAGGGGCAUGGACAAAUAAAACGGAAUCAAACGAGCCCCAAUCGAAACAAACAAAUUGAAACAGAAGGCGGCACAUGCAGUCGUUUCUAAAUCAUUAACGUGAACGGAAAUAUAAAUAUAAAUUUGUGCAACGAAACGGUUAAUCAAGUGGCUUCCCCAUGAAGACUAUGUCGCGCUUCGGCCUGCGCCGGGGCUUCAAGCUGUCCGAGGAGCAGGUCAAUGGCAAGAAUCCAAUUGGACCAAUAGCGGCGAUCAGACCGUCGCCAGCUGGUCCAUCCGGACGGAAGAAACGGCAGCUGAGGCACGAACAAGACGACGACGAUGAGGAGCAGCAACAGCCACUGCCACUCCCACACCCACACCCACACCCACACCAACUCCCACUGACACUGGAAGAGGAACAGGAACAGGAACAGAGAGAGGGACAGGGGUCAAGUGCUCAGCAACAGCCAUCACUGAUCUGCAGAUUACCCCUGGAGCGUCUGCCCCGACUGGUGGAGAAGCUCAAGAUUCUCAUAGAGGACCGGCCGCGGGAAAGAGACCUUGACCUUGAUUCUGGCCCGGGGUCCGGCCAAAAGAAAGUCUUGUGUUUGUACUGUGAUAGAAAGUUCGCCUCUGGCAAGCUGCAGGGCAAGCAUGUGGACAAGUUCCACACGGAGCGGCAGGAGAGGCGCUGCAGCGGUCGCUCCACCAGCAGCUCCGGAAGCUCGCAUCCAACCGGAGGAUUUCCCGGCUGCCAACACUGCUCCGGCAGCAGGAAGCACUCGAUGCUGCCACAGAUAUGUCUGCCCGUCAAGCAUCUGGAUCAGCUGUUCCUCCACCUCAUCCAGAUGCAUGCGGACAAGUACUUUGGCUGCCAGCCGUGCCGACUGCGCUUUCAGGAUGCCGACCAGCUCACCGGCCACCGGCGACAGCACCACCACCUGGAGGAGCCGCCAUCGCCAAAGCCCGGACUGAUGGGAGCCGACGAGCCGGUGCUCUUUCGCCUUGGUCUCACCCAGAACCGCUUGCCCAGUCACCGGAACCGGCAGCGGCGGGCAGGUGACGACGAGCAGCCGCCCCUGGCCAUGCCCCACAAGUCAAGGAGCAGCAGCCGGGCGGCAGCCCAGCGACAGCACCAGCAGCAGCAGCACAUGCCGGCGACCGCCAUUCAGCCCAUGGGUCAAGGCCAUAGCCAUGGGCAAUCCCAUCUGGACGCAGCUCCAGACGCUGUCUUCCGGCAGCCCAGCUCCUCGGCCUGCGUCGCGGUCAGCUCCAGCUCCAGCGGCAGCGCCAACUCGCAUGUGUUUGAUGAGAACUUCUACAAGGAUGUCAUCCUGAAUGUCCAACAGAAUCUGCAGAACUAUCUCGAUGGACGGCUCCACACCUCCCCCAUAGCGUCAGUAUCAGCAUCAGCAUCAAGUGGCGCCUCUGGCUGUGGCUCUGGCUCCAUGACCACAUCCACAUCCCAAUCCACAGCCACAGCCACAUUCACAUCCGACCUGGUUAUGCUGCAUGGUUCUAGUCAAACGAGCCACGCCAGUGCCUACCCGACCCUGCUGACAUCGGAACAGUUCGGCUCGACGGCGGAGCUGCUGCCGCCGGCAAAGUUCCGGCGACGGCCCCACACGAAGCACAGCUGGAAGUGGAAGUGGGACUAUGUAAAGAAGUUUACGAUCAUCAACGAGGGCGGGCGGCUGGUGAAGAAGCUGAAGCAGCCCACGUUCCUUGGCCUGCGCGAUCUCUCGAAGCUGGACAUGUGGACGCAGCUCACGAUGCGCCAGAAGCACGAUGUCUCUCUCGCCAUCGCCCGCAGCUGCAAUGGCGGUGGGGGGGCGGACGGGUGUGGGGACAGGGAUAGGGACCGUAAUCACAGGCAACUGGAGCAGCAGCGUCUGCUCGAGCAGCUCAAUCUCAUACUGGACCACCGUCUGCUGCCGCACAUCAUCCUCGAGCAGAACGAGCAGGCGGUGAUUAAGUGCGAGAGCGAGGAGGACCCCAACCUGGCGGACUACGGAUGUGUCCAGGGGACGAUCCAGGAGGAUCUACUGGCCCAGAAUUUCGCCGACGAGAGUUUUCUCUCUCUGCUGCAGCUCCAGCCGCGGCAGGGGACCAGCCCCGAAAGGAUCAUGAUCAGGGACCGAGAACGGGACCGGGACCGGGACCGAGAACGGGAGCAGGACCAGGACCAGGACCAGGACAAAAAGAUGACAUUUUCUUCGCUGGUGCUGAGCGGAGAGUGGGCGCGACCGCGCCUCUAUCUGUGCAUUUGCUGCGGGGCCAAGUUCGACCAGCGAAAAUCGCUGGAGGAGCACAAGACGUUCCGUCACUCGCACAUAUAUGCCACGCACUACGAGGUGGUGGGCAGGGAGCUGCUGGCGGGGAACCUGCUGCGCCACCUCUUCAUACCCAAGCGGGCACUGGGCCGGUUCGCGGCGGAGAGCAACUGCGUUCGCUGGCCGCAGCACAAGCAGGAGGAGCGCGUGCAGCCCGAGGAGGAGACCACCUCCUCGUCCACCUCAUCCAGAUCAUCGUUCGAGGCUUCCACACCGACGCCGACGCCCACGCCCACGCCCAUGUCCAAUCUGGAACACCAGCAGCCGUCGCCCGCUUCCGGGACAGGGACGACCUCCUCGUCGUCCUGUUCGCCGAGCUCGUCCUCCAACUCCAACUCAAACUCCCACUCCACCUCUCACUCCCAUUCCCAUUCGCAUUCUACCUCCACUUGCACGGCCGCCACGUCGUCCUCUUCGGCUCCGCUGAGCUGCACGAAGUGCGGACGAAAGUGCAGCGGCCUUAUGGAUCUCUACCGCCACAUGCUGGACUGCUCCGGCGACUACAUCUGGUCGCUGGCCAAGAAGCGGAAAUACCGCUACUACUGCGGCACCAAGAAGCGUCGCCCCUGCUCCAAGAGGCCGCUCAAACAGUUUUCCAGCCGGAAGAAGGAAAAGCUCGAGGACUCCCUGGAGGGCGACGCCGAGGGAGAGGCAGAGGCGGAGGCCGAAAACGAGGACGAUGGCGAUGGCGAGGCGGAAGGCGAGGGCGAGUGCGAGGAGAGCGGCUCCAAUUCGUCGAAGAUGAAGAACUCCCCCCGCCAGAGACCCAGCGAUGCCGAGUCCAUACGGAAAAUGCUGGAGAACUUGCCCCCCAAGCGCGUCUGCAAGAAGAUCUUCCCUGUGGACAACAAGGCCAAGCGCAAGUCGAAGAACAAGUCCAAGUCCAUGUCCAAGUCGAAGUCCAUGUCCAAGUCGAAGUCCAUGUCCAAGUCCAAGUCCAAGUCCAUGUCGAAGCAGCAGAGGAGCACAAAGAAGAUAUACAAUCAGCAUCUGCUACGCAACACCCGGUCCUCGGUGGUGGCCGCCGCCUCCGCUGCCGCCGUGGCAGCAUCGCAACAGAAGCGAUGCCGCCGCAAGCAGAAACAACAGCAACAGCAACAGCAACUGCAGAAGAAGCAGCAGCAACAAAAGUCAAAAUUGGCCGCAGGAGGAGCCAAAUCCCCCACUCCAUUGUCAGCCAUUGAGUCAGAGUCACAGCCGAAGCCACGGUCACAGUCACAGUCACAGCCGGAGGUAAAGCCCCCAGCCACAUUCACUGCCAAUUCAAGACCUCUCGUUGAUGCCAAGCCAGCGCUGGCGCUCCUUCAAGUUGCGAAUCCCGAUAAAGUGCCUCCACCGCCCACUCCAUCCGGCCAGGAGUUGGAGCUUGAGCUGGAUCUGGAGCCAUGCACAAGGCACGAGGCUCGCGAGGCUGCCUCGCCCACGCCCAGCAAGCAGCUGAUGCCCACGCCGCCGACCACGCCUGCUCCGGCCAUCAAGUCCUCGCCAGUGGCGCCGCGACUCUCCUCCGCCAGCAGCCGGCAGCCCAGCUCAAAUGUGGGGGUGAAGCGCAGCAAGAGGAUUAGCGACUGCAUCGCCAUGCUCACGGGGAAGCUCGAGGAAAAGAUGAAGACUGAGCAGGUGCCGCUGCCGCCACCGCCACCGCCAAGGCCAGCGCCGCCGCCACCGCCGGCGCCCGAGAAAGAGGAGGAGAAAGACUGCAAGACGCUGCCCCCAAAAGCUGUUGCAGAGAAGGAGCUGCCGGAGGCCAAAACGCCCAAGCGGAAGGCCAUGUCGCGGCGCAUCAUCAAAGUGGAUGCCACACUGGGGCCCAGGCACGAGGCAGAGCAAGCCGAGCCGCUGGAGAAGCCGCAGGAGAAGCCUCUGGCUGCGGCAGAGCCAGUGCCAGUGCCAGUUCCCGCUGCCGUAUCUCCGCCAGAACUAGCGCCAGUUGUGGCUGUUGCAGCUCCUGCACCUGCUCCUGCUCCUGCUCCUGUUCCUGUUCCUGUUCCUGUUGCUCUUCCCAUUCCUGCUCCCUCUGUGGUUCUUGCAGUACCCAUGGCUGCCGUGCCCCCUGCAGUUCCCACGUUUGGUGGCAUUCCGCGGCGAACCCCCACCAAGGCAGCAAGCAAGCAAUUGGCAGUCCCCCCGACGCCCCCCUCGCCGACGGUAGCUGCCCUCAAGCUGUAUCCAGCAGAACAGCAACCACAGCCACAGCCAUUGACCCCACCGGUGCCCUUGCCCGUGCCCGUGCCCGUGCCCCAUGCCACUGGGCCCAUGCCUCUGGGACUGCAGGGGAUGGGUGCUCCGUCGGGAUCCGUUCAUGGCAACAUGAAUCUGGUGGCGAAACUGCCGUUGUAUCUGCCGCCUGCCCAGCUCCAUCCACACGCAAAUUCAAAUCCAAAUCCGAAUCCGAAUACGAACGUCAAUCCCAUCAUGUACGUGGUGGAGCCGCAGCCGCUGAACCUGACCAGCCAGCGCGGAUGCCUCCAGAAGCCAAUGCUGCCGAGCACCGAACGCGGCGACGGCUGCCACACGGGACUGCACCAUCGCUCGAGUGGAAUGCCCGCCCGGCGUCAGACUAUUUGCGGCUUCGAGGCACGCAACGUUCUGGCUCUGGAGAUGGACAUGGACAAGCCGCUCGACUUGUCCCAGAAGUCGGCGAGGAAAUCUUCACCAGCGCCGGUUGCGGCUCCAAUGCGGGUGCCCCAGGAGAUGGCGAUGCCCAUGCCGCUGCCGAUGCCGAUGCCCAUGCAGAUUCCGAUGCCUCUGCCGAUGCCGAUGCCUCUGCCGCUGCCCCUGGUAACAGCUCCUGCCGGACCAGCUGCUCCCCCACUGCAAGCUCUUCCAGGGCCCGUUCCAGCUCCAGUUCCAGUUCCUCUUCUCGGGCCAGCGGCUAGUGCAGCUCUCGGGCCGGUUUCACUGGCCUCGCACUACUACUCGAACCUGGACCUGCUCAAGAUACCCCAAGUGCGCAAUCCUGGCACUGCCACUGCCACGGGGACUGGCACUGCCACGGGGACUGGCACUGGCACUGGGGCUUCCCCAUCCAAUGUGAUCCUCGCUGGCGCUGCCACCAUCCCCGUGCAUCUGCCCAAAGCAACGGGCGGAAAGAAACGCUCGGUUGAGGCGUCGGGCGGCAAGAAGGAGUACGGCGGCAAGGGCCUGCCGAAGGGAUGCCUGCGCAUGGACGAGGUGGUCAACAAUCACAUUGACGACGCCAUCAACUCGGUCAUACUGGCGGUCCAAGCCAGUCUGCCCGACGACGACGACAAGGAGAGCGAAAAGGCGCCGCCACAAGUCCUUCAUCCGACCAGGCCGGGCAACUACAUCGUCGCCACGGCUGCCGCCACAGCCGCCGUCACAGCCACCACCGCUGGCAUGAUAUUUGCCCCGACCUCGAUGGGGGAGAAGGGUCUGGCCAGCUUAGCCGGCGUUCCGACUGUUCCGGCUGUUCCUUCUCCCGCUCCACCCCAGACGGCAGCAUCAGUGAAGACUCUUCUGACGCCAAAGAAGCGUUCAAUGCGCUCCAAGACCAUCGACUGCCGUUCCGCUUCGCUCGCCCCGGAAGAGCCACCAGUGGAAGCACAGCUGCAGGGCGUCCAGUCCGUGCCGCCAGUCAAUGGAGAGACCAAGACGGACGGACGUCUGCCUGCAGUUUACUCGAAAGUAUCCGCACCCACGUCCCAGGCACCGGUGACGCUUGUGGAACCUCCUCCGCCUGUUGAAUGCAUAAAGGAACAUACGCCGGAGCCAGAGCCGGAGCCAGAGCCAGAGCCGGAGCCGGAGCCGGAGCUGAUGGUCCCACUGUCGGCGCCCUCUGUGGCCGUGUCCGUCAUUUCCAUUGCUCCGGCACUCCCAGCACUGCCGCCCCUGCCGCCGCGCAGUGUGACGCCCACGCCCACGGUCGAGACAAACUGCAGCUCGCUGCUGGAGGAGCACAGCAGCAACAUGAACAACAACACCUCCUCGGGCUUCCACAGCCUGGCGCAGUCCGAGCUGCCCAGCGUCCAGGAUCAGUCGGCCACGGCGGCGAGUACUCUGGAGGCGACAGAAGAUCUGCCGGCGCAGGCGCAGGUGCAGGUGCAGGAGCAGCCGCAGGAGGAGGAGGAGCAGGCUCCGGUCACAAAAAAGAAGCAGCGACGUCGCAGGAAGAACGAGCUGGCGGCCAUUGUGGCCGACCAGCUGCUGGAGAGCUUUAAGAUCGACAACGCCCGCCGAGACAACCUCAAGAAGCUGGAGAACCUGGCCUACGAGAAGAGCGAGGACCUGCUGCUGACGGGCAUGCUGCUCAUGUCCAGCACCAAGCGGAACGCGGCCAUGGCCCCCGCCCUGUCCACCGCAUCCACAUCGAAGCCGUCUCGGAACUCGACAGCGCGCGAGGCGGCAGAGGCGGCUCCAGCUCCGGCGACGGCGCCGGCGCCGACUCUUCCUGUCAGGGGAAGGCCGAAACGGCGACAGAGCUGCUACUACCGCAGCCGGGGCAAGGGGGCGGGCGGAAAGGCGACCAACGAGAACAUCAGCAUGCUCAAGUCGACCCUGGAGUCCUUCUCGAUCGGGAUCGAGAAGCAGCUGCUGGCCAAGGAGGCGAAGGAGGCCAAAGAGGCGGCCGCCCUGCCGGCAGUGCCGCCGGCCGCCUCCAUACUGCGGCCGAGCAUCCUGAGCAGCGCCGCCAAGAAGCAGAUGUACCAGAAGCGGGAGGCGGAGCUGGAGCUGGAGCUGCAGAAGGAGAAGGAGCGGACAGUUCCGGCCACGGCGGCCACCUUCAGCCGGGAUCCUCGCCUGAACAAGAACAUACACAAGGAGCAGCCGGAGCAUGUGCAGGCCACAACCUCGGCCCUGGCCACGGCGGUGCCGGCGGCGGGCGACAGCGUCGAGGAGGAGGACAACUACCUCACGGAGAUCGCGAAGAACGUGAACGAGAAGAUCAUGUCGGCCACCACCAACGAGGACUUCGAGUUCGCCCACGACGAGUUCGACCAGGGGGAGCAGGACGGCCGCAUGGACCCCGACCAGGACAAGUUCUACCGACCGCAGACGUCCAUGAGUGUGCGCAGUGCCCCCAACCUGAACGACGAGCACUCGAACUUCGGCUCCAUCUGCGACGAGAACACCAACACGGAGCUCAUGGACAUGGACCUCGACGACGAGAUGAGCGUCUACACGAGCUACUCGCAGGACCUGGGUCGCGGCGGGCGUGGCCGGCGACGCCGGAGGCGGCGUAGCGUCCUCCUCACGCGGCCCAAGAAGCGCACGCAACGCAGCCUCGUCGAUGCGGAGAAGUACUCGUGCUCCCUCUGCGGCAAGAGCUUCUUCACGGCCACCUCUCUGUCCAAGCACAACAUGACCCUGGCCCACGUCUCGAAGCUGUCCGAGCAGGAGUACCUUCAGUCGCAGACGGCGCCAUCGAGUCCACGCCACCUCGAGGUGGAGCCGGACCUGGCCCUGGACCUGGACCUGGACCUGGACCAGGGGCGUGGCCAAAUGCAAAUUCACCAACAUCAGUACCAGCAAGAUCCACCGCCGAUGCAGCAGAUUCGGGCCUCAGUUCUAAUGCCGCCCUCCCAGAUCAUCCCCCAUGUGGAGCACCAGCAGGAGCAGCAGCAGUACCAGCAGCAGUUGAACGAGCAAGUGCAUCAUGUCAUCACCGAGGCCAGCCUGCGGCUGCACGACAACCAGCACAGUCCCUCGGGAACCUCCGCCGCCCGCCUCAAUCUCAACCCAGACGAGCGGCUCUUCUACGAGUGCUGCAACAUCCUCAAGAGCGCCGAGACGCCUCGCCUGUCCAGCUCCACCACGGCGGGUGCGGGCGCGGGUGCGGGUCCUCCCGCUCAACCACCCUCAGCCGCCCUUCCGGCCACGACGUCGGUGAUCGUUACUGCCGGGCGGAAACAGCCGCCUCCGCCACAGCCUCCGCCACCUGCACCGCUACCGCCUCCAGCAUCGCCCUCGCUAUCGCCGCCUGCCUCGCCCUCUUCCUCGCUAUCGCCGCCAGCCUCACCGUCGCCGUCGGCAUCGCCAUCUCCACCGCCACCUUCGUCGCCGUCGCCACUGCCGCCCUCGCUGCCGCCUCCAGCGCUAGAGGCGGUGGUCUGCCAUCAGCCGGUCAUCCAGCAGCUAUUCCGGAAUCCGCCCGCUGUCACGCCCACAACAACUCCCACGAACCACAAUCGGAUGUCGCCCGGCUACUCGGCCAUCUCGCAGUUCUCGGCGACCACCUCGCGGUUCAAGACGAAGGCAGCCAUGAAGGGCUACGAGAACGUCAACCUGCAGCUGGACAUGGUGGAGCUGGUCAAGACCGGGCGCGGCGUCUGCAAGCUCACGGAGCUGGCGGACAUCGCCCUCGGCAGCGAAAAGCCUGGCGGCGACUUCAUGCCGCACCUUUCACAAGGCGUUCUGCCCGGUCCCACCGUUACAGCAGCGGCUACGCCUCCGUCGGCCAGCCACCACCAUAUGCACCACCACCAGCAGCACCAGCAGCACCAGCAACACCAGCAACACCAGCAGCAGCCCCAUUCACAGCCACCGCCAACGCCCACAGGCCACACUCGGACCACGACGACGACGACGACGCCGACGCGACCGGUGGAACAGCAGAGCUCGACUUCGUCGAAAACGAUCAUGCACGCGUCCAUCAUCAAGGCUGCGGCGGGCGUGGCCAGCUCGGCGACACUGCCGCCAGCUUGCGGUCGGAUCAUCAUACCAGAGCGGCCGUUCAAGAAUAUCGGGCUGGAGGAAAAGGCCAGCAUCACGUUCCAGAAGCCGAAGACGUGCGUGAACCUGCUCCAGGAGCAGGACAACAACAGCGUUUCCACCGCCAGCUACUCGGACCGGGACGACUAUGACUUCGGGACACUGAGCUGCGACGGCGACGUGGAGCCGGAGCCAGAGCAGGAGCAGGAGGUGGAGCCAAACGCCCGAUGUGGGGUCAGGACGGAUGCUGGGGUCGCGGUGGCUGGGCCGCCGGGGGCUGGGGCAAGGGCUGUGUCCUCGUCCAGCUCGUCGACGUCCUCGUCCUCGACGCAGGAGAACACCCGCAGUCGGAGCAGGAGCAGCAGCAGCAGCUCCAGCCGAGCCACGGCCAAGACGUUCGAGAACAAGUCGCUGAUCAUGGGCCGCAUCUUUAAGCACGCCAGCACCAAGGCGGCAGCGGCAGCAGCAGCAGCAGCGACUCCGCUGCAGCAGCUCUCCAGUCCGAUGGCCGGGCCGGCGCUGGCCAAGAACAAGGCGUUGCCCAAGAACCAGGCCAAUCUGGACCAGAUCUUUGAUGAGCUCCGAGGUGGAGGGGCGGCCAAGGUGCCAGAGGUUGAGUCCGCAGUGGGUCUGGAGAACUGGGAUCGGGAUGGGGAUCAUCCCCAACUGCACGCCCACCCCCACCCCCACCCGCACUCGCACUCGCACCCAAACACCCAGCCUCACCAUCAGCAGGAGCCCAUGUCGGCGCCGGCAGUGCCGACCAUGCCAGCAGCCAUGCCCGCUCCAAGUGCCCUGCCGCGCAGCAGGACUAAAAAGGCCAAAACAGGUCCUCCAGCUAAUCCCCCCAAGAGUAGCAACAGCAAGCCGCCAGAGGUGUCGGCCGCGACCACUGCCCCCGCCUCCUCGCCAUCAGCCCCGGCCUCUCGGAAGCCCCGCAAGGACCUCACAAAGCUGCAGUCGGAGCUGGGCAUGAGCCCGGAGGAGAUCGAGCAGCUGAUCGACGAGGGCCAGCGCAAGUCGAAGCGCCGCUGUGCCACCAACCGGGCCAAGAAGCUGGUGGAGACGUGGAGCUCGGACGAGUACGAGGAGUUCCUGUCCACCAAGGACAUAAUAGCCCUCAUCGAGCAAAAGGAACAGCAGGAGCAGCGCCGCAAGCGCAAAACGAGCGAGGCAAACGCCCAGCCAGAGCCGAUUUGGGCACCAGUGGCGGCCAAGAAGACCCCAACGCCCUCCGUGAUCGCCAGGCGCAAGAAAAGCGCCGCGAAGAAGCCGCCAGCGGAGCUGGAGCAUCCAAAGCCGGCGACCACAGCCAAGGCACGGCAGCGAGCUAAGCCGAAUCCUCGGCCUCCCCCUGCCCCAGAGCCGCCUCCGAAGACGAAGUCUAAAUCAAAAUCGAAAGCUCCCACCAAGGUUAAGACUCCAGCGGCCACAAAGUCUGCCAGCUCGAGAAAGAGGCGCGGCAACGGCAUAGAGGACGACAGGGACAAGUCGGUUGAGCCCAAAGCAGAGCCGCCGGCCAGGACGCGCAGCUCCAGGCAGCAGACCAAGACCCUCGACGUCCCAUUGGGGGAAGAGCCAUUACAGCGGGAGCCGCAGCAGCAGCCGCAGGCCUUGCCCAAGCCAACGCCAACGCCGACCACUCAGCGGUCCAAGUCCCGCAGCAGCAACAGUAUAGCACCACCACCUCCUCUGCCGCCUCUACCGCCUCCGCCAGCCAGGAGCAGCUCCUCCUCCACCUCCACCGCCACCGCCACAACCAACAGCAACAGCAACAACAACAACAACAACAACAGCAGCAGCAACAAUAACAACAACAACAGCAGCAACAGUAACAAGAAUCUGAAGGCGAAGCGGAAGUCCCAGGCGAAUAAACAGUCGCCGGCGAGGCGGAAGCGACCGGCGAGCGAGAAGCAACUGUACUACUGGAGCAGCUCCAGCGACGACGAGUUCGGGCGCGUCGAGGCCGAUGGGGAGCAAGAUGCAGCGGUGCUGAGGGAGCAGCAGAAACAGGAGCGACAGCAUCCAGAGCCGCCGGCGGGGAAGCACUUUGAGGAGAGCGAGCCGUACCAGAAGCACGGCUGGAUAGUGGGGGACUCGCACAAGAAGCUGGUCAAGCUGCUGGCCAUCGCCAAGGGCAGCAAAAAGGUCGAGAAUUGCGGUGUGAAGCGCCGGACGCCCAAGCGCAAGUGCUAGGAGCUGGAGCUGCAGCUGGAGCCCCAGCGGGGGGAGCGGACGGAACUGAAGUCAAAUCACAGCCAUUAGCCAUAACAUAGGCCCACAGAAGGCAGCAGCGGCGCGGGCAGCCAAUAUAUCGCUGCCAUCGAUCACAUACUGCCAUUAUGUCGUCGUUAAUCGUUAUCGUAAUCGUCAUCGCCAUCGCCAUCGAGCAGCAUCUCCUCUCCCUCCUCUUUCUGGCAGGUGGCUGGGGCCCUCAGCAACCGCUUGCGGAGUAUAUACAAAAUAUUUUUUCUUUCUUUUAAACAUCUAAGCGUUACAUUAUUUAGGUUUUUUUUUUUUUUAUUAAAUGUAUUUAUAAUUAAUAAAACGAACAAAAAGCAAACAAAAAACCGAAAAACCAACAAAUACACAUACAUUUGAGCACAACAAGUCAAAAAACGCCGCAUGUCUUUGAACAUCUUGAAAUCCUCGAAGCAUUGGGCAGGCCUCGUUGAGGCUACAUAUUCGAGGGUGGUCCGAUAAGUACCUCAGAGGAAAAACGCAGCAGUUUGUAUUGGUGUGAGGCGUGGACUAGGUGUGAGCCGGUGCGUUGUCUUGGUGAUACGAGUCCCGCCUUCAG